AUGCUCACUCUCUACAUUCUCACUCUCGCACGCCGCAUCUUGCUGGACAAUCUCCAGCAUAUGCUCCGCGCUACUCUGCUACUCAACUCUCUUCUCUCUGGCUCCAAGCCUGGGGGCCAAGAGCUGCUGCUGCCUACACCGACGACCAACGAUGGCAUCGACCUCGACCCGACACCGACGCGCGCUGUGGUUGUGACCGCCGACACCACGCUUAUCGCUGUCACCUGCUGGGUUGUCUGUGUCGUCGCUACGCUCGGUCUGUCUGUCGGCUGGCUGCUCUGGCAUCCCUAUGCGCCUGGCUCGGAGUGCGGCAAGUAUGUGGUCGCAAGUCUCGGUGCUGUGUGCUCGUCUGCCACUGGAACGACGUCGGACCCUCCGGGGUGGGAGGCUGACAUGAAGCCGAGGAAGAAAGUCAAGAUGCGACCUCGGCCUGUGUCCGGGCGUCGUCAGCGUCGUGUGCGCCUCCUGGAGCGGUCGAAGCAAUGUGGUCCUCGCAAGUCUCAGGUCAAUGCUGGGUCUGCCUGGUCGCUCGGGUCUCUGCCGGUCAUCAAGCUGCUCACUUGGUACUCUCCUGCUGCUGUCGACGAGUCUUCUCUGCCUGCUGCGCCUAGUGUCGAAGAGGUCAAGGCCGACGACAUGGGCUUCUACUUCUCGUCAGCCGACAUUGGGUUGCUCGACGCCUUCGUCCGCGAGCGCUAUGUCCUCGCCUGGAAGCUCGUCUACGUGUCGCUCGGGGACGCCUCUGCCACGCUGAUCCUGCGCAUGCUGUUCACACAUGAAGGCGCGCACCCGGAUGACGCACCGAUCGACUGUGCCGUGUUCCUCCCGCUCGUCGCUGCGCACAACCAGGAAGCACUGUUCAAGGUGUGGCUCGGUGACCACUUUGUCGGCAUAGGGCAGCCUGGGCAGAUGGUGUGGAGCGAGUACCAGGUGUAUGCUCGGAGCGUGGGACUGCAGCUCUGGAAUCACCUGUGGGACUGGGAAGUGUCGGCCACGCUGGACGCCAUCGACGCUGCGCUCGCUGGGCAGGAUGGACCUUGUGCUGAGGCAGAAGUUGGCGUUGACGACUCCGGCUUUGAGGACGAGCAGUACGGAUGGGAUGGCGAAGAUGAGCCGGACAACGCCUGGGACGGCGGAGAAGACACGGAUGGCUACUACCCUGACGGCGACGCGGCCUAUGAGCAGCAGCCCAGUGGCCAGGGUUCGGCCUACGAUGCACUGCUCGCUGCCCUCGACGAUGCCAUUGCUAUGAAUGGCGGUGCAGGCACCGACAUGCAGCAUGGCGUUGACGAUGGUGGCUAUGAGGACGAAGCGCAAGGAUGCUACGAUGAGGACGAGGCUUAUCGCUCCUGGAACGGCUCGUACCACGACGAUGACGCGGCAUCCGGUCCUUGCGACUGCGAACGAUAUACACGCUCGUUCUACGGAGAGGAAGAGCGUGCACAAACAAGCAAGCAGGAAUCAACUAUUGUGCAGAAGCAGAUUAUGCCCACCAACCUGUGCCUUGCUGGUGCUGUGGUCGUAUUCUCCCUCCUGCUACUUUUCCGAGGAAAAUCAAACUAUGCAUUGAACAACAUUCCCGGACCGCCCUCUCAGUCUCUCUGGACGGGGAAUCUGAAUCAAUGGCUCGCACGCGACGGCGCAGAGUUCCAACGAAAUGUGGCCUUCAAUUACGGUCCUGUUGCGAAGAUACAUGGUUUUAUAGGCCGGCCGAUUCUGUACGUUGCGGAUCCGAAAGCCUUACAAACUAUUUUAGUCAAAGAAGAACAUGUCUAUCAAGAAAUGCCAGCGUUCUUCGCGCACAUGAAUCUGCUUUUCGGACCUGGCUUGCUAGGCACGGCUGGCGACAAGCAUCGUAAGCAGAGGAAGCUCUUGAACCCUGUGUUCUCCAUCAGACAUAUGUGUCAUAUGUUGCCAAUCUUCUACGGUGUCGUGCAUAAGCUUCGGGAUGCAAUUGCCAUGCGCAUUUCUGACGGCCCCGCCGAGAUCGACUUCCUUCACUGGAUGGGCCGGACAGCGCUCGAGUUAAUUGGCCAAGGCGGCCUAGGAUAUUCCUUUGACAAGUUGGUAGAAGAUGGCGACAAUGAAUAUGGGCAUGCCAUAAAAUCCCUCCAGCCGACUCUACAACGAAUCAACAUUCUCAGGCGGCUGCUUCCGUACGUUCACAAGCUCGGACCCGUGUGGUUCCGGCGCCUAGUCAUGCAGUACUUCCCCAUCAAGAACGUGCGGGAAGCCAAGAUGUGCGUCGAUACAAUGCACCGCUGCUCUACGGAGAUAUACAAGUCCAAGAAGAUCGCUCUUGCGAGGGGCGAGGAGGCGGUCUUGAAGCAGGUCGGAGAGGGGAAGGACAUCAUGAGUAUCUUGAUGAAGGCAAACAUGGAAGCUUCUGUGGCCGAUCGGAUCCCAGAGGAGGAGCUAUUGGCUCAAAUGUCGACAUUCAUUUCUGCUGCUACAGAUACGACCUCAAACACGCUGGCUCGCAUUCUGGAGCAAUUAGCGAUUCACCCGCAGACGCAACAGAAGUUGCGCGAAGAAAUUAUAACUGCUAAUGCUGGAGAAACAAUGGCAUACGACGACUUGGACAGCCUACCUCUCCUCGAUGCAGUAUGUAGGGAGACCUUGCGAGUCUUCCCCUCGGUCACUAACCUUGCGCGCACGCCGAUACAAGACACGAUCCUUUCCCUAUCUGAACCAAUUGUUGGUGUCAAUGGCACGGUUAUGCACGAGAUCAUGGUGCCGAAGGGGACCGAAAUUUUCAUCGGUGUUCAGGGCAGCAAUGGAAGCCAGGCACGCUGGGGAGGUGACUCUUACGAGUGGAAGCCCGAGCGCUGGCUCUCACCGCUUCCCAAGACGGUCACCGGAGCUCCUGUGCCAGGGGUUUAUUCCAAUCUGCAAGUCGCUCUAUGUAUGCUGGAUGACGUUCAUGGCGGGAAGGCGGGCUUGCAUGUGCGUGCGGAUAUGAGUUUGUCAUCCGGGUUCAAGUUCUCGGAGAUGGAAAUGAAGAUCGUCCUCGCCGUUCUGCUCUCCAACUUCACCUUCGAGCUGACCGCCAAGCCGAUCGAAUGGAACGUCUCCGGCGUCCGGUACCCCACGGUUGGGAAGGAGAGUAACGUGGCUCAACUCCCGCUCAAGGUUGGAUUGUACAGCAAUGGCAAGACAUAG